UUCUGCUCAACAAGGUUGUAUCGUGUAGAUCUUGUGUAGAGAAUGAAGGCAACUGUUUCUGUAUAUCUGUUCCUGUGCCUCUGUGGACUGAGCUCCGGAUUCUACAGAAGACACUUCUAUGUGCCACGGGGAAUGCAAUGGAAUGAGGCACAGACGUACUGCAGAGAGCAUUAUGAUGAUUUGUCCACUAUUACCACACAAGAAGCGAUGGAGAUCUUCAGUAACCAAAAGGAUUCUGUUUGGGUUUGGGUUGGGGCAUACAAAAAUCCUUUAAACUCAUUAGAAUGGAUUUGGUCUGGAGGUGAGAAAGAACCAAUUGAAAAUUGGAGUGUUGGAGAACCAAACAAUCUGGAUGUUCAGAAAUGCGUUUUUCUAAUAACACCGAAUCCUAAACUGAUCAAUGAUUAUUGUCAUAUGCCUUAUUCGUUUUAUUGUAUGGACUACUAUGAAACGAUAGUGGUACAUGAGAGUAAGACAUGGGAAGAGGCUCUGGACGACUGCAGACAAAACUACGUUGAUCUUGUCAGUAUCGCCUCUGAGAGGAAUAUGGCAGAGGUGAUAAAAAACAUCACAACAUCACAGACGGCUUAUGUAUGGACUGGACUACGAUUUUUAGCUGGACAUUGGUUCUGGGUCAGUGGGGAUGAUGUUGAAUAUAAAGCCUGGUCUGCAGAGGGAGAGCUCCAGUGCCCUGCCAAAAAUCUCCAGUGUGGAGCUUUGGAUAUAGUAAAUAAGGUUUGGAAACCUAGAGACUGUGAGGAGAAAUUAAACUUCGUCUGUAUUAAGAAUUAA